AUGCUGUACGAGAUCAACGCGCUCCCUUGGAGCUACGUGCCCCCAUCCGACCCGGCCGCCGCCGCCGCCUCGCAAACGUCGGCUGCUGCGGCCCAGGAGGGUCGACCAUCGUCGGCACGGGAAGGCCGGUGCACGACCUUCGUCUGGGCCUCCGCAGCCGCCGCGAUUGCGGCCGUCGCCGCCAUCGUCUAUGGCUUUCUCGAGCGCACCGGGCGCCUCAACAGCAGCAGCUACCGGGUGGGCGGGGCUCCUCCCCCCUACUUUGCGGCGCGCGCAGGCACGAGGGAGGAGGCGUCGCCUUGGAGGAUGACGGGGGCCGUUGGCGCCGGCGGCGUGAUCGGGGCAGGCCGUGACCGUGGGCGGAGGACUAGCGGCAGCUCGCAGUACGAGAGCAUCUCGGACGUGUCUCCGUCAAGGGCGUGAAGACUGCCGUAGUACCACAGCCGGAGUAAAUAGGAAUUUUGUUCGUUGUUGGGGUCCGAGUGUGGUUGGUUGUGUCGGUUUUGUUGAGUCGUCACCCGAACGGCUUUUGUUGGUUUCCGGUGGUUGUCGUCGAGGAGUUUUGUUUUCUGCCAAUCGAUAGCAUACUGUUUUAACGUGAUCAGCCACGUACUGCGAACAUGCAUCUUGUCGUCGACAACUUUGGCCGCAAGGUCCUACGGUAGUCCUAAGGGCCUGGCUUCUUCGGAAGAAGUGGACUUUAGGGAGAGAGAGUGCGACAUGAGGUUUGGCACAGCGGACGUUCGGUGCGGAACGCCCAUGUACUGUAGGAGGCGAGCAAAUGCUUUCUCUUGGCACUCAAAAACGAUCGUGCACCAGGCAGCUGUUGUACAGUAGAAUAUACAAUGCGAAAAUGUUGUUGGGAGGCAUCCCAUGCGGAGCGGGAGCAUCAUAUAAUAUUUUUCUCCUUUGCCGGAUAUAUCAAUGUCGCCAGCGAUGUCCGACCAUUUGGCUGGGGACGUUUAGUUGUGUUUUUUUUUUUACUGCCGUCGUGUGUGCGAGGUGGUGGCGCAUCUGGGGUGGUCCUUAUUUUUUUUGUUUUCUAUUUAGAUUGAAGUGUGUAUGUACCCUUUCAGGUAAAGAGAAGUCUUUCUAGUAGUUAGGCCGUGCUUCAAAAAGUAGACAAGGAAGGCGUCCGCGUCAGCUAGACCGGUGUGGGAACUAGAAGGAGCUCAUCAGAGACCGGGAACCGUCCGUAUGUGCGAAAACCCGUCGGAUUGUUGACGUUUGUUUUUUGCUUCGUUCGCAUGAGCUGCGCGCGACAGGCGAUCUGCUCUUUCAAGAGUAAUGAUACAGGACAUGGAGGCCAUCGGACAUUCUAUCUGUAGAGCCGUAGGAAACUCUUCGUAAUCGUUGUCGCCUGGUAGGAGAAGCAAAACUCUCGCGGCUUCAGCAAACAUGGUCGUAUUAGGCGCUCGUUGUGCUGUGUUGUGGUGGUAUGCGUGUUUAUUCGAGUUGCGCUCGGCUGUUGUUAUGGUCAACGCCAAGAAGAGUAUUUGAGCAUGCUACAUAGUCUACAUACGUGAAAAAAGAUACAAGGU